GUGGGGCGACAGGAGUGGCCUCUGUCUACUGACAAGUAGUACACAUAUAAGACGGUUUCAGCUGACAGUCAAAGAGUCAGUGAGUUCCAGCAGUGUCAGUGCUUUCAUCAACGCAGAGACAGUGUCCAGCAAGAACAUGUCGCCAGUGUAUAUUGUUGUCCUCUUGUCAGUUGUCAUGACAACAAGUGCCAGAUCAUAUUAUGACGCAAUUGUUGUGGACGCUGAGGGGAGGUCAGAUGAGAAGGGAGCAGUGAGAAGACGGACGGUAAGUCCAGAGGACUGCCACAAACCGCCGUCCAGUGGACCGUGCCGGGCACUCUUCCCGGCAUUCUACUUCAACACGCAGUCCGGGAGAUGCGAGACCUUUACCUGGAGCGGAUGUGGCGGGAACAGCAACAGGUUUGAGACCAGAGCCUCUUGUGAGAAGAACUGCCCUGUUAGGAAGGAGAAACGAAGCGGUGAGCAACUUGCAAAGCGAUGCAACCGGGACGUGGUACCGCCGGCUUGUAGCAAGGGUUGCAGACUAACCAAGGAUAGCGACAACUGCCCCAAGUGCGACUGCUCCACUCACAAGAGUGUGUGCAGUCUCCCAGCCGUGAGGGGCCACUGUCGGGCCUUGCUCCCCAGGUGGCGCUAUGAUCCAUCCACAGGAAAGUGCACAGAGUUCAAAUUUGGCGGCUGUGACGGCAACGGUAACAAUUUCAGGACGGAGCAGCAGUGUAUGAAAAUUUGUGCUGGUUCUUAAAGAGCCCAUUGGUGCGGUCAUUUACGUCACGCCCAGGAAGUCGUGACUGGCGGUUAAUCUGCUUCUCAAUUCAUUGUUCUUAAGGAUCAAUACAAGCCGUCAGUUUGUAAAGAGACAGUGAUAUAUUGUGUCUCAAACAUCUUUGAGGGAGCACCAGUAUCGUCUGAAGCUCUUGGUCAAGAGCAAAUAAGGACUCUCACAAGCUUACUUAACCUCAUGGAGAGUGUACAGAGUGCACAGAGGAAGGCUGUCAAAGAUGAAAGACUCUGGAACAUGUCAGUCUAAAACAUCUCUGAAGGCACGUCACAGUUUAAACAGGCGAACUUACGGCAGAAACGUCCUGCAGGUUCAACGAGAUCUGUAGCAUUGAGAUUUAGGUUCUGAUCUCUGUGUUGGGAAUAGAAUGAAUACGUAUAUCAGUUCCCAUUGUAUCUUAUAAGGCGUCCAUAUUAAUGUUCCCUUACUCUCAUUAUACCGUGCUUAAAAACAUUUCUGAGGUAACGUCAUCAUCAAUGACAUACACCAUUACGUCGUCACUAGAAAGUUACCAGUUCCUGUUUCUGAUACAAAAUUGGAACCAAAAUCGUCGUACCGGAGAUCUCGUACAGUGCAGGGGAUUUUUCUUCCGUAAGGUUGCCUACUCGAGUGAUGACGUAGCCUCAGAGAUGGUGUAGGCAGGCAAUACCAUAACCAUGUGAAACAAUUAGCUUUUGUUUACAAUCAAAUAAUCUACUGAUAUUGUAGAACCCACCGUGAUUAUAAUUUAUAUAAAUUAAACUAGUAAGUCAUAAAAUAAAGAAUCAUGUUCUAUAUACUGAUGAAA